GUCCCGGGCGGUGACGCCGGCGCCGGGCUCCAUGUGUGCGGCCGAGGGGCGCAUUAUCUGGCCGGCGGCGCGGGAGGGCAGGCGGACCGGCGGAGCGAGCGCCGCGGGCCCGGGUGUCCCCACUGGCGGAGCGAGCGCGCGCGGCCCGGCGCCCCUGGCGCUCCCGCCGCCCCCGCCGCCCGGCCCCGCUGGAGACCCCGGCCCCGCAGCCCUGCGAACUCGCGCGCUGCCCUAGGGCCCUCCGGCCGCGGCCGGGUGAGCUCGGGACCAAACUUGGUUAGUCAGCACGUUGGUGCAAGUUGCCUUUUGACGUAGCUGCAGCCAUGGCCAACUGGUAGGACCAGCCUCCCGAUCCCCGAAGCCAGUUCAGAAUGACGGAAGAAUGCCGAACUCGGAGUCAGAAACGGGUGCUUGAGCGGGACCUGUCGGAGGACGAUGUGGAGAGCAAGAAAAUAAAAAUGGAGAGAGGAUUGUUGGCCUCAGACUUAAAUGCUGACGGAGACAUGAGGGUGACGCCUGAGCCGGGAGCAAGCCCAGCCCAAGGAUCACUGAGGGCAGCAGAGAUGAUGGCCACAGGCAGAGGUGAAGGGCAGGCAGGCGAUGGGCCCGUGGACAUGCGCACUUCACACAGUGACAUGAAGUCUGAGAGGAGACCCCCCUCGCCGGAUGUGAUCGUGCUCUCUGACAAUGAGCAGCCCUCGAGCCCAAGGGUGAAUGGGCUGACCAAGGUGGCCUUGAUGGAGACCAGCACCGAGGCCCUCAUGAAAAGCAGUCCCGAAGAACGAGAAAGAAUGAUCAAGCAACUGAAAGAAGAAUUAAGAUUAGAAGAAGCAAAACUUGUCUUGUUGAAAAAGUUGCGGCAGAGUCAAAUGCAGAAGGAAGCCUCUUCCCAGAAGCCCACUGGCUCUGCUGGGAGCACUGUGACCACCCCUCCCCCACUCGUGCGGGGCACCCAGAACAUUCCUGCGGGCAAGCCAUCGCUUCAGACCUCUUCAACUCGAGUGCCUGGCAGCGUCAUCCCACCGCCCCUAGUCCGUGGAGGGCAGCAGGUGUCCUCAAAGCUGGGGCCGCAGGCGAGCUCACAGGUCGUCAUGCCCCCGCUUGUCAGGGGGGCCCAGCAAAUCCACAACAUCAGACAACAUUCCAGCACUGGGCCACCGCCUCUCCUUCUGGCCCCCCGGGCAUCCGUGCCCAGUGUGCAAAUUCAGGGACAGAGAAUCAUCCAGCAGGGACUCAUCCGUGUUGCCAAUGUCCCCAACACCAGUCUGCUUGUUAACAUCCCACAGCCCACCCCAGCGUCGCUGAAGGGGACGACGGCUGCCUCCGCUCAGGCCAACUCCACCUCUACUAGCGUGGCCUCUGUGGUCACCUCCACUGAGUCUCCAGCCAGCCGGCAAGCGGCCGCCAAGCUUGCGCUACGCAAACAGCUGGAGAAGACGCUGCUUGAGAUCCCCCCUCCUAAGCCCCCUGCCCCAGAGAUGAACUUCCUGCCCAGCGCAGCCAACAACGAGUUCAUCUACCUGGUUGGCCUGGAGGAGGUGGUGCAGAACCUGCUGGAGACGCAAGCAGGCAGGAUGUCGGCUGCCGUCAUGCUGUCCCGGGAGCCAUACAUGUGCGCACAGUGCAAGACGGAUUUCACGUGCCGCUGGCGGGAGGAGAAGGGUGGGGCGAUCAUGUGUGAGAGCUGCAUGACGACCAACCAGAAGAAGGCGCUCAAGGUGGAGCACACGAGCCGACUGAAGGCCGCCUUCGUGAAGGCACUGCAGCAGGAGCAGGAGAUCGAGCAGCGCCUCCUGCAGCAGGGUGCUGCCCCCGUGCAGGCCAAGGUCGAGCCCGCUGCUGCCCCACACCCUGCGCUGAAGCAGGUCAUAAAACCCCGGCGUAAGUUGGCGUUCCGCUCAGGAGAGGCCCGCGACUGGAGUAACGGGGCUGUGCUACAGGCCUCCAGCCAGCUGUCCCGGGGCUCAGCCACGACACCCCGAGGCGUCCUGCACACGUUCAGCCAGUCACCCAAACUGCAGAACACGGCCUCGGCCACGGCACUGGUCAGCAGGACCGGCAGACAUUCCGAGAGAGCCGUGAGCACCGGCAAGGGCAGCACCGCCUCCAACUGGAAGAAGACGCCCCUGAACACAGGUGGGACCCUUGCAUUUGUCAGCCCGAGCUUGGCAGUGCACAAGAGCUCCUCGGCCGUGGACCGCCAGCGAGAAUACCUCCUUGACAUGAUCCCGCCACGCUCCAUCCCCCAGUCGGCCACGUGGAAAUAGUGCGAGCCAGGCCUGGUGGAGGACAGGCUCCCUCCUCCUCCCACCUGGCCCUGAUCUAGAAGGACACGCUGCGCCACCGUCUGCUGUGCUCGCUCCAGAGAAUGAGCAAUGGCUGUGCUGCACAGGCGAGACCUCGAUUCUUGGCUGCAGACUCUCAUCGAGGCUGGGGGAUGCUGCUUCAUAAGUGGACGAGGAGCACAACGGGGCCUUUCCCAUGAGCUUUCUUCCUUUCUCUCUUUGCCUUUAGUUUGCCCGACACCAGCAGAAAAGUGAACCUUGGGGGCUAGUUCUGCCCCUGGCCUCCUUGUUCAGCCCCCAGCAGGGCUCAUGGCGGCUCACCCUGGACACUGUGAUGCGCUUGGGCAAGGCCAGCGCCUGGGGCUUUUGAAGUUGCAUGGGGUGUUUCCUUUUGUUUUUGCUUUUUCCGUGUUAGGCCCCCAAUCUUUGACUGCUUUUCCUUCACGGCAAUCUCUAGGUUGAAAGAUUUUUUUUUAAAUCACCUCAUGAUGAUGGAGUUGAAGGUAAACCGUGCAGACCCAGGGGUCCUUGCUGUGCACGUGUCCUCCUGCCGGCCCCUACGCCCUAGAGGGUGGGCCGCUGCCAUGAUCCCAAUGACUGACAGAUGUAGGGAUGGCCAGUGCAGCCCUCUUUCCUGCCGAAAAGCCUCCGUUGCUGCUCAGUUUGGAGACCCCUGGACCUCCCAUACUCUGCAGAAGAACAGACUGAAUCCCAGAGCCAGCAGAGAAUCAGGGAUCCCAGAAGCUGUGUGCUGCCCACCAAGGAGGGAGGAGAGAUUGGCAGUGACGCCCUGAAGCCUGGGCAGGAAGCUGGAGGGGAGGGCUGCUGUGGAUUUUUUGUUGUGGUUUAUUUUAUUAAAUUUUUUCUUUUCCUAUUCAUGUUGAUGGACACAAUCUUAGGCCUCCCUGGUCUGUGCUGCUGUCGGGUGAGCACGCACAGGUGUGUCCGGGUCGGGAGGUGCCGUCCAGGUGCGCAGUGACUGCUUCCCCCAGACUUCAGGAUUUCCGUUUGGGUCUAGCUUAGAGCCUUUCCUUAAACUGGGGGUUGCUGCCAGGGUUUGCUUUUGGACUUUUUUUUUUUUUUUAAACCCCUUUAUAGUCUACAGAAAUGUUUUAAAAAGGAUCAGGUCUGCUUUUAUUUUUAUUUUAUUUUUUGUUUCUUUCUCCUCCUAUGCUUUAAAAACCAGUUCCAUGAGGAAAGGCAGAAUCCGUUCUGUGUCUGCCACACACUGGGCCGGCUCUAUGCAGUGCGAGGGCGUCCCGUGUCCGUGUGAGGAUGGGGUCCCGCCGUCCCCCAGUUCAGCUCCAGCCCUGGUUUUCCUGUCGAUGCAGUUAGGGACUUUAAUUUAAAAUUCUUAUUUUGUAGGGCUGCCUUCUUCAAACACAACUGCUACAACAUUCUAAUAAAGGCUCAUUUAACCCCCUUG